ACAACGAAAAACGUAAAUAUCGAACAUUGACGAUUUUGCAAACUUGUGUGUCAUUAUUGGAAAUCUGCAAGCUCGGGAAAGCCGUACAAUAUCCUCUCUUUUUUUGUUUUCUCCCGUCGCGCUGUUCUUGUUUGCGCAUCCGAUUCAAUGUUUUUCGAUGCGCUUUCAUCACUGAACAUUACAAAGGUGCUAUCGGACUAUCUGCUCGUAGUGAGCAACUUAGUGCGCAGGCAGUUCACGCCAUCAUCGGCAGCAGCACCGUCUCCGUCGUCCUUGCCAGCAACGGUAGACACACCAGCAGCAGCACCAGCAGCUGGCCACACUUACGCGGGUGGUGAAAGUGUCGGCGAAUCGGUGGCGUACGAGCUGAACCUGUUGACCACCGGUUGGUGCUUCCUGUGCGAAACAUUGCAGCUGGCCAAGUUUGCUCUCGGCAGCGGUGCACGGUGGUUGGAUUUUACGGACUUUCAGCUGUUUUUGCUGCAGAUUUUCUCCUCAAUUCUAUUGGCGCUGGUGGUGUGCAUCGCGCUAGCCUGGUGCAAGUACGGAAACCGAAUAACGAAUCGCUUCAUUCGUCCCAGUACCGCUAAAGAGAUCGAAGAGUUGAAGCUGUCCGUGGCCCGCUUGAAUCUGCCCAAGGAACAUACGCCGAGGAUUUAAGCGCGCCGACCAUGGCACCGAGCAAGAUAAAGAACUUUUUCUUCAAGAAACGAGCGGAGGCCAAGCUCAAGCUUGGUAUUGCUGGACCGGGCCGGAAGCUUAAUUCGGAAGCACCUCCACCACCAUCGAAGGCCAGCUCGUCGAAGCAGAAGGAUGCGUACAUCCCGCCGAAACGUAGCGAACUGUCGGCGGAAGCGAAAGCUGCAGCCAAUGCCGCCCUAGCACGCUUCGAGGGAAAGGACAAGAAAGAGUUCAACACUUCGCUGGCGGCGAUCCGGGCCCAGGUACGGAAGGAGCUGGAAGCGGAAAAGAAAUCCAAAGAAGCGGGUCACUCGUCGGAGCACGAAACGCCCGAGCAGGACACUGCUGGGGAGGCGGCCCGUCAAGACUAUGCCGUCCGGGGCGUGUUUUUCCGCUGCCCAAUGAUCGGGGACGAAAUUUUGCCGUACAAAGAAUGGAAAGGAAGGAUCAGGGAGUUUCUGUACGAACAGUUGGCCGCCGACCGGGGCCUCACGGCGUGUCUGAUCAUCUACAACUGCAACCCCAAGGAUAAGGCGGAGGUGUGCAUCGAAACGCUUGCCAAAUGCAUCGAAAACAUCGUCAACAAUCCCAGCGAGGAGAAGUACAAGAAGAUCCGCAUGACCAACCGUAUGUUUUGCGACAAGAUAAAGGUGUGCGAAGGGUCGCUCGAUUUCCUACACGCAGCCGGAUUCGUUGAGAUCGAGCUCGACAAUGAACCGCACCUGAUCUGGUCCGAGGAUAACAUCGAUCCGGAAUGUUCGCUCGAGGUGCUGCUCGAAGCGUUAAAGGCUGCCGAACCGAUCCCGGUCGAGCUGGAUCGUAAUCUGCAGGUGUUGCUACCGUCGCAGGUACGACGACACAAUUUGCCACCGGACUUUUUCCGCAUAUCGCCCGAAGAGAUUAAGCGCGAACAGCAGGCCCGCACGGAAGCACUGGAGCAGGCGCAGAUCCUGAAAACGAAGGCAAUGCGCGAACGGGAAGAAUUGCGCACGAUCAAUCGUUACAAAUUCUCGCUGAUACGCGUCCGGUUCCCGAACGGUGUGUACCUGCAGGGGACGUUCAGCGUGUACGAUAAGUUAGGCCAGGUGUACGAGUUCGUGCAGUCCUGCCUGAUGCACGAAUCGGCCGAAUUUUCACUGGUAUCGCCCGGUGGCCUAAAAUUCGACCAUCAGGAAGACCUCGACAAAUCGCUGUACGAUCUGCGGCUGGUGCCGACGGUAGUGUUUAACUUUACGUACGAAAACGAGUCUAAAAAUCUGACCGAAUUCCUGAAGGAAGAGAUGAUGCUGUUGAUUCAAUCGUUUUAAGCCCCGUUCCCCCACUGCACCGGACGGAUGGUGUUAAAUUAUGUAUUUUUAGUAACAAACCUUAUUAGCUACUUCGAGGCAGCAGAGGCAACAGUUGUGCCGCGUAUGAACUAGCAGCGUGUUUGUAAAAGCAACCCUCCUCUUGUAAGGUGUGAAUAAUUGUGAUCAGUGAGGUAUAAUAAUGCAAAUAAAAGCGCACGGAAUACAGUACCAGCAGGGCA